AUGCAAGGAGAAAUAUUUUACCGGGGAACCAUCGUAUUAAUAUUUGCAACACUCGUCGCAGCUUCUUUUCUCGACACGUAUGGAGAAAAUGAUGAUGGAAUGGAAGAUGAACUGGAAGAUUAUACCGAUAACGCGUUUGAAAAACUUAUUCAACAAGCUCAAGAAAAGUAUGUUGACGUCAUAAAAUUAUUAUUAUUAUUAUUAUUUAUUAUCAUUUACGACGAAUAA